AUGUCCAGCAAAGUCAUUCCAUUAAUUGUAUGUACGAAAAAUGAAUUAAUAAAGCAAGGCCCUACCAUUACCAUAGCAAUACAACUAAAAAUAAAGCUGAUCGAAGAACUGGAUUUCAGGUGUGGAGCUUAUGAGCAAGGUCCAAUACUUCCGAUUUGUACGAUAUUAGAUCCGCGUUUUAAGGAUAUGCAUUUCAGGAAUCCUUUAAUAAAUGCUAAAGUUCAAAAAAACAUAAUUAAAAUGAUGGAUAAUGAUUAUGAUGAAAUGAUUAAUCUCACAGUACCAGAGGAAACAGUGAACCCUCCAAGUAAUCACAACCAAUAUGAUUUAUGGGGUCUUCAUAAAACAUUGGAACAAAAGCGAUCAGAUACGAGUUUAACUCAUAAUAAUUCAAGAGGUGAGUUAAAUCAAUACCUGCACAGAAAUGUCAUCAAAUUAAAUGAAGAUCCUUUGGUUGAAUGGGAAAACACAAAGGUAAUAUAUCCCAAGUUGUACAAGUUGGCAAUGAAAUAUUUACUGAUUCCGGCAACAUCUGUACCAUCCGAGCGUUUGUUUAGUAAAGCUGGAGCAACUAUCAGUAAAACCAGAAACCGAUUGACGGGCAAAAAUUUGUCAAAGCUUCUGUUCUUGCAGUCUUCCGAUAAAAAUCAAUGGGCUGAUAUUUUGUAA